CCCGCCUCCAGCUACGUCUGCAUCGCCAUGGAAGCGCUGGAUCAGCUGCUCAUGGCCUGUCACUGCCAGAGCAUCAACCUGUUCGUGGAGAGCUUCCUGAAGAUGGUGGCCAAGCUCCUGGAAUCCGAGAAACCCAACCUGCAAAUCCUGGGAACCAACUCCUUUGUGAAGUUUGCCAACAUCGAGGAGGACACCCCGUCCUACCACCGCAGCUACGACUUCUUCGUGUCGCGCUUCAGCGAGAUGUGUCACUCCGGCCACGACGAUCCCGACGUCCGCUCCAAGAUCCGGAUGUCCGGGAUCAAGGGCCUGCAGGGGGUCGUGCGGAAGACGGUGAACGACGAACUCCAGGCCAAUAUUUGGGAUCCCCAGCACAUGGAUAAGAUCGUCCCUUCCCUCCUCUUCAACCUCCAGCACGUGGAAGAGGCGGAAAGCCGUUCCCCGUCGCCUCUCCAAGCCACGGAGAAGGAGAAGGAGAGUCCGACGGAACUGGCCGAGCGCUGCCUCCGGGAAUUGUUGGGAAGAGCCGCCUACGGGAAUAUCAAGAACGCCAUCAAACCCGUCCUCAUCCACCUGGACAACCAUUCCCUGUGGGAGCCGAAGGUUUUCGCCACCGGCUGCUUCCGGAUCAUCAUGUAUUCCAUCCAGCCCCAGCAUUCCCACCUGGUGAUCCAGCAGCUCCUGGGCCACUUGGACGCCAACAGCCGGAGCGCGGCCCCGAUCCGGGCGGGAAUCGUGGAAGUGCUGUCGGAAGCGGCCGCCAUCGCCGCCUCGGGAUCCGUGGGCCAUUCCCGCCAUUCCAAGGCCGUUCCCAUCUCCGCAGGCUCCUUCGCCAGCACCCUGCCCCCCUACCAGCAGUCGGAGGUGAUGGUUUUCAUCAUGAACAAGGUGCCUCUUCCCUCUUCCCAACAUUCCAUGGAGCCGGGAAAAGACGGGGAAAACCGGAACCGGCUGACGCAGAUCAUGCUCCUGAAAUCCCUGCUCCAGGUAGGAAUGCGUGUCAGGAAUAUGAGUGAUCCAGGAGAAUUUUUGGGAUGGUUCCAUCCUGGAGAUCCUGGGAUCUGGGAUGGGAUCCCUGGCAGGAAUAUGAGUGAUCCAGGAGAAUUUUUGGGAUGGUUCCACCCUGGAGAUCCUGGUUUUGAGAUGGGAUCCCUGUCAGGAAUAUCCAUGAUCCAGGAGAAUUUUUGGGAUGGUUCCAUCCUGCAGAUCUUGAAUUUUUGGGAUUCAAACCCCCCUGGAAAUGGUGAUUCCUGCGGGAUGGGUCGUUCCCAUCCAGGGAAUCUCCUCGGGAAUGCGGGAAUGGCUCUGCCACCCUCGGGAAUCCCGAGUUUUCCUUUUUCCCUGGAUUUUCCCGGCAGCACCAUCAGCGACAUCUCCGUCCUGAAGCUGAAGGUGGAGAAAUGUUCCCGCCAGGAUUCCGUCUUCAUGAAGAAGGUAAUCCCGGGAUUUGGGAAAAGUUGGACCGAGGCCUCGGCAUUCCCGGGCCUUGGAGCUCCGUGAUGCCGCUAAAACCUGGGAAUAUCCCUGGAAUUUCUAUCCAGUAGGACAAGAGGGCUCUGCCUCCAGCUGGGCCAGGGGAGGGGCAGGUGGGAUAUCGGGAAGGAUGGGAAUUCCCCCUCCUCUCCCACAUCCC